AUGCUGAUGGGCAGGACUGUGGCCAUGGUGGAGACGGUGAACAAUCUUCUGCAGCCACGAGCCCAGAGUGCGUGGAGAGAGUUGUCCAUCAAGGAGCAGCUGCACUGGGCUACUCUGCUGCUGGACACUGUGGAGACUGGAGCCUUCAUGCUGGCAGACAACCUGCUGAAGACCGACACUGUGCAGGAGACUGCAGACAACAUCCAGCUGGAAGUGGCCAGGCUGAGUACAGACGGCAGCCUGAGCGACUUGACCUUCCCUCAGUCGGAGCUGCACGGGAACUCCAUCCAGCUGUCAGCCAGCACCCUCAAACAACACGGCAGAAACGGUGAGAUCAGGAUGGCCUUCGUCCUCUACAGGAACUUGGGUUCCUACCUGUCCACGGAGAACGCCAGCGUCCGACUGAGCAGCGACGCCGUCUACCCCAACUACUCGGUCAUCGUCAACUCGCCCGUCAUCACGGCCUCCAUCAACAAGGAGAGCAACAAGGUGUACCUGUCGGAGCCUGUCAUCUUCACCGUUAAACACCUGCAGCAUUCCGAGGAGAACUUCAACCCCAACUGUUCCUUCUGGAGCUACUCCAAGCGCACCAUGAUGGGCUUCUGGUCCACGCAGGACUGCCGCCUGCUGGCCACCAACCGCAGCCACACCAGCUGCUCCUGCACACACCUCACCAGCUUCGCCGUGCUCAUGGCCCACGUGGAGGUGAAGAAAGCAGACAGCAUCCACGACCUGCUCCUGGACGUGAUCACCUGGGUGGGCAUCCUGCUGUCCCUGGUCUGCCUGCUCAUCUGCAUCUUCACCUUCUGCUUCUUCCGCGGGCUGCAGAGCGACCGCAACACCAUCCACAAGAACUUGUGCAUCAGCCUCUUCAUCGCAGAGUCGCUCUUCCUGGUGGGCAUCAACCGAGCGGACCAGCCGAUCGCAUGUGCCGUCUUUGCUGCCCUGCUGCACUUCUUCUUCCUGGCGGCCUUCACCUGGAUGUUCCUGGAAGGUGUGCAGCUCUACAUCAUGCUGGUGGAGGUCUUUGAGAGCCAACACUCCAGGACCAAAUACUUCUACCUGGCCGGCUACGGUGUGCCCGCCCUCAUCGUGGCCGUGUCUGCCGCCGUGGACUACAGGAGCUACGGCACCGACCGAGUGUGUUGGCUGAGACUGGAUACUUACUUUAUCUGGAGCUUUAUAGGCCCUGCUACACUCAUCAUCAUGCUCAAUGUGAUCUUCCUUGGCAUUGCGCUGUACAAGAUGUUCCACCACACCGCCAUCCUCAAACCGGACUCUGGAUGUCUGGACAACAUCAAGUCUUGGGUGAUCGGGGCCAUAGCCCUGCUGUGUCUGCUGGGUCUGACCUGGGCCUUUGGACUGAUGUACAUCAACGAGAGCACGGUGAUCAUGGCCUACCUCUUCACCAUCUUCAACUCUCUGCAGGGCAUGUUCAUCUUCAUCUUCCACUGCAUCCUGCAGAAGAAGGUGCGCAAAGAGUACGGCAAGUGUCUGCGGACUCACUGCUGCAGCGGCAAGAGCGUGGAGACCUCCAUCUCCUCCUCCAAGACCACCACCUCCCGCACACCUGGCCGCUACUCCACAGGCUCACAGGUGAGCUUACCUGCCUGCACACCUGGACGCUACAGCACAGCAGACUCUCAGAGUCGCAUCAGGCGCAUGUGGAACGACACGGUGAGGAAGCAGGAGUCCUCCUUCAUCACCGGAGACAUCAACAGCUCCGCCACCCUCAACCGAGGGACGGUGGCUAACCAUCUUCUAACUAAUGCUCUCCUUCGUCCCCACGCUACUCACCACCCCUACAACACCCUGCUUGGUGACUCUGCAGUCUACAACAACCCUGCAGCCGCCGCCAUGUACAACACCCAAGCGUCUUACAGAGACACAAAGGGCAUACUGAACAACGCAAGAGACUCCAGCGGUAUGGACACGCUGCCGCUGAAUGGUAACCACGGCAACAACUACAGCGGAGAAUACCUGAGUGACUGUGUACAAAUUGUAGAGAGAAGUGGCUACAGCAGCCAUGGCAAACACAAAGAGAGCACUUUGGAGAAGAAGAUCUUGAAGGAGUUGACCUCCAAUUAUAUCCCGUCUUACCUCAACAACCACCAGAGGAGCAGCGAGCGCACGCACAACCUGGUCAACAAGAUGGUCAACAGCAGCCUGGCCAACGGAGGGAGCCUGGCAGGAGGCAGCAGCAGCUCCAGCAGCAGCGGGGUCGGAGGUUGUGUGGGCAACGGGAGCGAGGACGGCGGCCCUAUGGUGCUGGACAACCCCGCUGCCUUCCCCCACGAGGAGAACCUCGGUCUGGAGAUCAUCCGAGAGGAAUCCAACGCGCCCCUCCUCCCGCCGCGGCCCCCUCCCCCGGAUAGCCAGCCGCCGCCUCCCCCGCACAGCUACUCCAGGCCCCGCCGCAUCCCGCAGGAAACCAGCGAGAGCUUCUUCCCUCUGCUGACCAACGAGCACACCGACGAGCAGACGCACUCGCCCAGCCACAGAGACUCGCUGUACACCAGCAUGCCGGUCCUCACCGACCUCCCGGACGCCCAGAUGAACGGUCUGACGGACGGCGAGGAGGACAGCUCCGGAGAACUGCAGCCCUGUAAGAGCGCCACAGCUCCGGAGUUGGACGACGUCUACUACAAGAGCAUGCCCAACCUCGGCUCCAGGAACCACCUUCACGACCUGCAGAGCUACUACCACAUGGGCCGCGGAGGCAGCGACGGCUACAUGGUGUCCGGCAGCAAGGAGGAGUCCGAUUCUUCGCCUGAGGAGUCCCCCGUAGACCCUUCCCACCUGGUCACCAGUCUAUAGAGUCCACCAAGAGACUCCUAUCCCUCCCUGAGCUCACAACCUUCCACUGUUGUUGACUGACAGGCCCAGCGGGUCCGCCCCUGGACUCCAACGUGGUUCAGAACAAUAUGGGGGCUGAAUGUAUUGUCACCAGAGGGCGGCGCUGUAGGCACUUUGUGAAUAGCAAACCUUGAGUAAAACCUUGGACCUACAAGGGAGGGAUCUGUAAUUUUGGACCUGAAAGUUCGACCCCCCCACACCCCUGAUUACUAAGGUCUGUGUUUCUGUAUGUCAGUCUGGCUCAAAGACGUGUUCCAAGGCCAACAUAGUCUGGCCUCAGGCCAAGGCCACGCCCCUUGGUCGAGGGGAAGAUGUACGAUAAAAAGCCCCCAGAAAGCAAACUGCAACCUUUUCUGACCUUCUUCAACUCCGCUCAGCCGGAGUGGAGUCCAGGCCCACAUGGUCCGUCCUUGCAACUGCGCCCAGAACAAAGACGGGAGCUCGUGUGGACCAGGGAGCACCGGCCAGUUUCUUCUCAUUCUUCUGUAAAAGUUCAGUUACCCUACUAAAAAAAAAAAGGAACUCAUUUCUAUGUAUUGUAUAGAAUCCAGGUCCCCAUGUUGCACACGGUCUCUGUGGAACUGUUGCCGGUCUUUCUGCGCACUCUGACUAAUAUGCAUUUACUCCUCGCACACUUCACUUCCUGCAGAUUGUCACUUCUAUAUUUUACACCGCUAGAUGAACGGGGGAAGGAAGGUGGUUGCCAUGGGAACACUUGUUCUGGAAGUUUUGGGUUUUAGGCACAAGGGGAAGUCAUAUUGUUUGUAUACUGUUUUACAUCUCAUUGUGCUAAAGAAGAAGACGUAGAAAUGAGGAUUAUUUUUGUCAGCUUUGAGGAGUUCCCAGCAGAGAAAUGAUUUAUGAAAGAAAGCAACAAAUAAAGAGAGCUGACUUUUAUGCGGGGGGGAAAUCAAGUGCACACGCAGCGCUUUCUUUUUAAAUUAUUAUGUUGAUUCUUACGAUAUUGAUGAUUAUUUAUUCUUUUUUGUAUGGGUUAUCAAGUCGAAUGAUCUCAUAACUAAUAUUUGUUGUAACAGUGAAAGUUGUUUGCCAACAAAUAAAUGACUGACAUAGUCUGACCACUUUUCUUACGUCUCUCCACUGGAAUGCAAACUUUCCUUCACCACCACCGACUGGAAUAUUUGUCAUGAGGUCACACCUGCUCAAAAGUCUUUGCUUUGUCCACUUUUAUCAUCAACUCUCCACUUUCUUUCAUAAACUCUCCACUUUUAUC